AUGCAGAUCUUCGUCAAGACCCUGACGGGCAAGACCAUCACCCUGGAGGUGGAGAGCAGCGACACCAUCGACAACGUCAAGGCCAAGAUCCAGGACAAGGAGGGGAUCCCGCCGGACCAGCAGCGGCUCAUCUUCGCCGGGAAGCAGCUGGAGGACGGCCGCACGCUGGCCGACUACAACGUCCAGAAGGAGUCGACGCUGCACCUCGUGCUCCGCCUCCGCGGCGGCCUCUCCAUCAAGGUCAAGACGCUCACCGGCAAGGAGAUUCAGAUCGACAUCGAGCCCACGGACACGGUCGACAGGAUCAAGGAGCGCGUCGAGGAGAAGGAGGGCAUCCCGCCCAUCCAGCAGAGGCUCAUCUUUGGUGGCAAGCAGAUCGCGGAUGACAAGACGGCGCACGACUACAAGAUCAAGGCUGGGGACGUGCUCCACCUCGUGCUCGCGCUCAGGGGCGGUAUGCAGAUCUUCGUCAAGACCCUGACGGGCAAGACCAUCACCCUGGAGGUGGAGAGCAGCGACACCAUCGACAACGUCAAGGCCAAGAUCCAGGACAAGGAGGGGAUCCCGCCGGACCAGCAGCGGCUCAUCUUCGCCGGGAAGCAGCUGGAGGACGGCCGCACGCUGACCGACUACAACGUCCAGAAGGAGUCGACGCUGCACCUCGUGCUCCGCCUCCGCGGCGGCCUCUCCAUCAAGGUCAAGACGCUCACGGGCAAGGAGAUUCAGAUCGACAUCGAGCCCACGGACACGGUCGACAGGAUAAAGGAGCGCGUCGAGGAGAAGGAGGGCAUCCCGCCCAUCCAGCAGAGGCUCAUCUUUGGUGGCAAGCAGAUCGCGGAUGACAAGACGGCGCACGACUACAAGAUCAAGGCUGGGGACGUGCUCCACCUCGUGCUCGCGCUCAGGGGCGGUAUGCAGAUCUUCGUCAAGACCCUGACGGGCAAGACCAUCACCCUGGAGGUGGAGAGCAGCGACACCAUCGACAACGUCAAGGCCAAGAUCCAGGACAAGGAGGGGAUCCCGCCGGACCAGCAGCGGCUCAUCUUCGCCGGGAAGCAGCUGGAGGACGGCCGCACGCUGACCGACUACAACGUCCAGAAGGAGUCGACGCUGCACCUCGUGCUCCGCCUCCGCGGCGGCCUCUCCAUCAAGGUCAAGACGCUCACGGGCAAGGAGAUUCAGAUCGACAUCGAGCCCACGGACACGGUCGACAGGAUAAAGGAGCGCGUCGAGGAGAAGGAGGGCAUCCCGCCCAUCCAGCAGAGGCUCAUCUUUGGUGGCAAGCAGAUCGCGGAUGACAAGACGGCGCACGACUACAAGAUCAAGGCUGGGGACGUGCUCCACCUCGUGCUCGCGCUCAGGGGCGGUGCUUGCUAG